AUGGCUGCACAGUUGACUCAAGAGCAAAGGGCGCAGUACAAGGAGGUGUUUGACCUCUUCGACAAGGAUGGGACAGGUGACAUCACUGCCCAGGAGCUUGGCGAGGUGAUGAGGUCUCUCGGCCUCAACCCCAGCGACACCGAGUUGAACGACAUGGUCAACGAGGUCGACGCCGACAACAAUGGCACCAUUGACUUCAACGAGUUCCUCAACUUGAUGGCGCAAAAGGUGCAGGUCGGCGACGCCGAGGAGGAGCUCAAGAACGCUUUCAAGGUGUUUGACCGUGACGGCAGCGGCACCAUCUCGGCCGAGGAGCUGCGCCACGUGCUCACCUCCCUGGGCGAGAACAUGACUGCGGCGGAGAUUGAUGAGAUGAUUCAAAUGGCUGACAAGGACGGUGAUGGAUCAAUUGAUUACGACGAGUUCGCCUCGAUCAUGAUGAGAGAGUAA